UAGCUCAGGUUCCUCCGCUGCGGCCGCCUGAGUGUAGUCCGGGGUUUCUGCCCUCGUCUCCCCGCCAACAUGCCGAUGUUCGUCUUGAACACCAACGUGCCCCGCGCCUCUGUGCCGGACGGGUUCCUCUCCGAGCUCACCCAGCAGCUGGCGCAGGCCACUGGCAAGCCGGCCCAGUAUAUCGCAGUGCACGUGGUCCCGGACCAGCUCAUGACCUUCGCGGGCUCAUCCGAGCCCUGCGCGCUCUGCAGCCUGCACAGCAUCGGCAAGAUAGGCGGCGUUCAGAAUCGCUCGUACAGCAAGCUGCUGUGUGGCCUGCUGGCGGAGCGCCUGCGUAUCAGUCCGGACAGGAUCUACAUCAACUACUACGACAUGAAUGCGGCCAAUGUGGGCUGGAACGGCUCCACCUUCGCUUGAGGGCCCUUCUGCCUGAAUCCACCUGCACCACCCCCUCCAGGGUCCCUUCGCCCAGUAUUUUGUACCCGUCCUCCCCCAAGGAACCCCCCCCCUCAUCAAGACAAAUAAAUUGUUUGGAGACCA